CAUGACCUGUGGGCACAUCUGCAGGAGAAGGAAAAGACCCCAAAAAGGCUGAGGCUCCUGCUGGUGGGGAAAAGUGGAAGUGGGAAAAGCGCCACAGGAAACAGCAUCCUGGGCAGGGAAGCCUUCGAAUCCAAGCUCAGCGCCAGACCCGUGACCAUGACCUUCCAACAUGGCUGCCGAGACUGGGCUGGGAAAGAGCUUGAGGUGACCGACACCCCCGAUAUUCUGUCCUCUCGGGUUUCACGGGAAGGGGCAACUCAGGGCCCCUGGGCAGCCAUCGCCUGCUGCACCCCAGGGCCACAUGCAGUGCUGCUGGUGACACAGCUGGGCCGCUUCACAAAGGAGGACCAGGAGGUGGUCAGGCACCUCCAGAAGGUCUUCGGGGUGGGCAUCCUGGCCCACACUGUCCUGGUGUUCACCCGGGAGGAGGACCUGGAGGGUGGCUCCCUGGAUGAGUAUCUGCGGGACACUGACAACCAGGAGCUCGCCGACCUGGACGUGGUUUGUGCACGGCGCCACUGUGGCUUCAACAACAGGGCAGAUGGCGCAGGGAAGGAGGCCCAGCUGACGGAGCUCAUGGAGACCAUCCAGGUGAUCCUGUGGGAACACGAAGGCCGUCCUUACAGCAAGGAGGCUUAACCCUUGCUGCCAGCCCCAUGUCCUGCACACAGAAGGG